CCUCGUGUAAUCGUCAACAACUUCUUCGUAAAUAAAUGGUGAUUGUUGUUUGAUAUAAAUACAUUUUAGUAUUGUUUUGAUCGCAUUCAUCCUUCGUUGCGACUAAUGAGUUAAAUUCAGCACGGUUGCAUCUGCGCAGAAAACACACCUCCAUCACAGCUGGAGCAGCGUCGCGACGAAGCGUUGCUACGGACUCGAGUCAGCUCAACAUCAACAUGGACCUGCCCGAACCUAUACGAAGGCGGCUUGGCGAUUUUUCCAGAACCGUUUUCGUGGAUCACACCCGUACGCAGCCUUCCCCCGGAGAGCAUGCGAAUUUUUUAAGAGAGGAUAAAGAUGUGAUAUCCAACCUUCCUCUUCAGAUGGCACUUCACUUUAACAUGUGGUUCUUUCCUUUCUGGUGGAUUAGUGAGGUUGUCAUGCUUCAACUGAAGUAUCUGGCCCUUGUUGAUUAUUACAAGUUCAUCCUGAUCACUGUCCUUAUUUUAAUGACCAUCAUUGAGGCCAUCAGACUCUACCUGGGCAAUGUUGGUAAUCUGCAAGAAAAGGUUCCAGAAUUGGCUGGAUUUUGGCUCUUGACUCUUUUAUUGCAGUGUCCGAUGAUUCUGUUCCAGCUCUUUAAUGAGGCUAUUCUCAUUCAGCCUCUGGAAAGAGGAGUUCAUAUUAUACUGGCCUUGUUUAUCUUCGCAGAGGCGCUUUUUGGCUUUGUUGCCCUGCGUGCAAUGGUCCGGCACACCGAAACUCAUUUCCAUUUAAGGCAGUUUGAUGGGAUUCAGGAAUUAGGAACAUAACAUUGGACAUCUCUACUGAUGGACUUGAUAAAAAAAGAAUUUUUGCACCAAGAUCACUACAAUGAUCUGUUAUCCAUAGAAAACAUUAACAGAUACUUGACAGUCAUUGAUGUUUGUUUGCUGUGGAAAUAUCCAACGUAGCCUUUGUAGUAUUCUCUGAGCGAUAUUUUUUAAUCAAAUUGUAUAUCUACUUUUUCAAUUUACUGAAGUGCCUUAUUUAAUUUAUACAAACACAUAUCUCAAGUGCCUUAUUUAAUUUAUAUCAACA